AUGACUAAACCACCGCACCUGCUCCUUCCUCUCUUCCUCCUCUUCCUCUCCUUCCUCUCCCUCUCCACCGCCGAGAUCAAAACUCUAACAAUCACCAACGACGCACGCGCCAUGAUCCUCUUCGAAAAAUUCGGCUUCACACCAACUGGACACGUCACAAUCUCCGUCCAGUCCGUCUCCGUUGCCUCUUCCCUCAACGCUCCAAAUCCUGUUUCUUCACGCCUCGGCUUUUUCCUUCUCUCCGAAGAAUCUCUCCUUCAAGUCCUCCUCGAGAUCCAGCAAAACCCUAACUUCUGCGUUCUCGAUUCUCACUUCAUUCUCCCUCUCUUCACUUUCCGCGAUCUCUCACCGCCUCCUCUUUCGUCUUUCCAGCAAUCUUAUCCAGUCACUGCUCCGAAUGAGUACUCGCUCUUCUUCGCCAAUUGCGCCCCGGAAACGCGCGUUUCCAUGUCUGUCAAGACUGAGAUUUAUAAUUUAGAUCGCGACGGGUCUAAAGAUUAUCUUUCUGCUGGGUUAACGCAAUUGCCUUCGUUAUAUUUUCUUUAUUUCCUCGCUUAUGCUGGAUUUUUAGGGUUAUGGAUUUAUGUUCUUUAUAGUAAUAAAAGAUCUGUGCACCGGAUCCAUAUGUUAAUGGGUGGGUUGUUACUUAUGAAGGCUCUUAAUUUGAUUUGUGCCGCCGAGGAUAAGCAUUAUGUGAAGGUUACAGGGACUCCACACGGUUGGGAUGUGUUGUUUUAUAUUUUCCAGUUUAUUCGUGUGGUUUUGUUGUUUACUGUUAUUAUUUUGAUUGGGACUGGCUGGUCGUUUUUGAAGCCGUUUUUGCAAGAGAGGGAGAAGAAGGUGCUGAUGGUUGUGAUUCCACUCCAGGUUUUGGCUAAUAUAGCUUCGGUUGUGAUUGGUGAAACUGGGCCGUUUAUUAAGGAUUGGGUGACUUGGAAUCAGGUGUUUUUAUUGGUUGAUAUUAUUUGCUGUUGUGCGAUUAUUUUCCCGAUUGUGUGGUCGAUGAGGUCGUUGAGAGAGACUUCGAAGACGGAUGGGAAGGCUGCCAGGAAUUUGGCGAAAUUGCAGUUGUUUAGGCAGUUUUAUAUUGUGGUUAUUGGGUAUUUGUAUUUCACGAGGAUUGUGGUGUUUGCAUUGAAGACGAUUGCAGCUUACAAGUAUCAGUGGGUGAGUAAUGCCGCCGAGGAGACUGCUAGUUUGGUGUUUUAUGUGGUGAUGUUCUAUAUGUUUAGGCCUGUGGAGAAGAAUGAGUACUUUGUUCUUGACGAGGAAGAAGAGGAAGCUGCAGAGAUGGCUUUGAGGGAUGAAGAAUUCGAGCUUUGA